AUGAGGCCUCCUACGGACUACGACGGCGGUGCCAGGAUGCCUACUGAGGCGGAGGAGCACGACGCUCGUGCACCAGCGAUGAUGAUUUGUGCGAGACUAGCCGGACGUGCUAUCAUCCGAGUGGUAGGCCGGUGUGAAGAUGCUCAGGAAAAUAGUCAGCUAGAUUUAUCAGAAUGUCAGCUAAUGCAAGUACCUGAUGCUGUGUACCAUUUAAUGCGGCACACAGAGCUCAAGAGCUGUGACCUCAGUGGGAAUGUAAUCACAAAAAUACCUCCUAAGUUUGCAGUCAAAUUUAGUUUAAUUACAGAUUUAAACCUAUCAAACAACCAGAUGGCGAAGCUGCCAGAUGAGCUGUGCACACUGGCAUGCCUGGAGCGGUUGGACAUCUCGCACAACUCAUUUGUAGCAUUGCCACACAUCACUUUCCAAUGUCCCAGUCUCCACACAUUGCUGGCGCAUCACAAUCAGAUUAUUGAGAUUGAUGUGGACAGAUUGGCACGGUCCCGCGCCCUCGAAUACGUGGAUCUCAGUGACAACCCUAUUCCUCCCCGGAUGCACGACGAACUGAAACAGCUGUCGCGACCUGCAGUCACCGUCUCCGAAAGACAGAAAGAAGACUGGGAAGAAGAUCUUAUACUAUAA